CAGUGUGCACAAAGUAUGAUUUUUGCAAUUGAACAAAUUAACAAUCAGACAGACAUACUGCCAGGGGUAACCCUAGGCUACAAGGUUUAUGAUUCCUGCAGAGAUGUUCGGUUGGCUCUUAAAAUGGCAAUGGCUUUAGUGAGUGGGUUAGAAGAAGGACAAAGUGACAACAAGCCCUGUGGUAAGCCUUCUAAUGUUCUUGCUAUUAUUGGACAGCCAAAUUCAUCUCCGGUUAUAGGAUUCACAACAGCUCUUGGUCCAUUUAAUAUACCUGCGAUCAGUCAUGGUGCCAGCUGUGCCUGCCUUAGCAAUAAAAAUCUCUAUCCCACUUUCUUCAGGACUAUACCAAGUGAUUACUAUCAAAGCAAAGCUCUGGUACAGCUUGUAAAACAUUUUGGUUGGACAUGGGUUGGUGCUUUGAGGAGUGAUACAGAUUAUGGUAACUACGGCAUGGCCACAUUUCUGCAGAUGGCCCAGCAAGAGGGAAUUUGCAUUGAGUACUCAGAAGCUGUUUACAGAACUUACCCAAGACAGAAAUUUCUUAAAAUUGUAGAUAUCAUAAAAAGAUCAACUUCGAAAGUGAUUGUAGCUUUUGUUUCUUUCAGUGAUUUAGAAUAUCUUCUUAAUGAACUAUUCAGCCAAAAUGUUACAGGAUAUCAAUGGAUUGGUACAGAGUCAUGGAUAUCAGCCAGAAAUCCAGCAUAUAUGAAAUACUAUAAACUUUUGAAUGGUGCUAUCGGAACAUCACUUAGAGGUUCAGUUAUAUCUGGUUUGAAAGAUUUUUUAGUAAAUGUUUGUCCAUCAGAUAUUCCUGGGAAUACUGGCAUGAAUGAAUUCUGGGAAUUUCUCUUCAACUGCACCCUUUCUAAACAAGAUAAUGUAGUCAUGCUUCCUAAAUGUAAAGAAUCAGAAGAUUUAAAAGAAGUGAACACUCCAUACACAGAUUUGUCAAAUAAUGGUUUUUGUACUAAUGCAUAUAAAGCCACCUAUGCUGUAGCAUAUGCCCUACAUAACCUACUGGGAUGUCAUCGUUUGGAAACAACACUUACUAACAAACCAUGUGCUGAAAAUAUGAUGAUCGAACCGCAACAGGUGUUGUAUUAUUUGAAAAAUGUGACCUUCACAACAAAUGAUGGGGAUAACUUUUACUUUGAUGAAAAUGGUGAUCCUGCAUCAAAAGGCAAAACAUACGACUUAAUAAACUGGCAGCUAAAUAAAGAAGGCAUGAUAGAAUUUGUAACUGUUGGAGCACAUUAUGCAUUUUUGUCAAAUCGACAACAAUUCAUAUUUGAUUAUGACAGCAUUGUUUGGGCUGGGACAACGAAACAGGUGCCCAAGUCAGUGUGCAGUGAAAGCUGUCAACCCGGCACUCGAAAAGCAGUUCGAAAAGGCCAGCCUGCUUGUUGCUUUGACUGCAUACCAUGUGCAGAAGGGGAAAUGAGCAACUCAACAGAUUCUACUGAUUGUUUGAAGUGUCCAAUGGAGUACAAAGCAAAUAAACAAAAAGACCAGUGCAUUUUAAAGGAUAUUGAAUUCUUGUCAUUUGAAGAAAACAUGGGGAUAUUGCUUGUUACAUUAGCAUUGCUGGGAGCUUUUCUUACAAUUGCUAUUACAUUUGUCUUUUACCUUAGGAGAGACACACCUAUUGUUAAAGCAAAUAACUCAGAAUUAAGUUUUCUUCUCCUCUUUUCGUUAACACUUUGCUUCCUGUGUUCUCUUACUUUCAUUGGUCGGCCCACAGAGUGGUCUUGUAUGCUGCGCCACACAGCAUUUGGCAUCACAUUUGUGUUGUGCAUAUCGUGUGUACUUGGAAAAACUAUUGUGGUUUUAAUGGCCUUUAGGGCCACUCUGCCAGGUAAUGAUAUCAUGAAGUGGUUUGGAGCGACGCAGCAAAGAUUAAGUGUUUGCACUUUGACGCUCAUUCAGGUGGUAAUAUGUCUGUUUUGGCUAUUGAUGUCCCCUCCAUUUCCCAACAGAAACUUAAAGCACUACUCAGAAAUCAUCAUAUUAGAAUGUGACCUUGGAUCAACAACAGCAUUUUACGCAGUUCUAGGAUACAUUGGACUGCUUGCUGCAUUAUGCUUUGUUCUCGCUUUUCUGGCUCGAAAACUGCCAGACAAUUUCAAUGAAGCAAAAUUCAUCACAUUCAGCAUCCUGAUAUUUUGUGCCGUGUGGAUUACUUUUAUACCAGCAUACAUCAGCUCUCCUGGGAAAUAUACAGUGGCAGUAGAGAUAUUUGCAAUUUUAGCCUCCAGUUUUGGUUUGCUUUUCUGCAUUUUUAUCCCUAAGUGCUUUGUUAUUUUGUUUAAGCCAGAACAAAAUACUAAGAAACAUUUAAUGGGUAAAAUGGCAUCAAAAUCACUUUAA